AUGCCGGUGGAGGUCACGCCGUUCUGCUGGGAACACACCCUCAACACCAUCAAGAACUUGCCCAGCAUCAAGGGUUGCGACGCCAAGCUGCGCGAAGAGGACGGCAAGCCGUACGUGACGGACAACGACAACUACAUCGUCGACCUCUACUUCACCGACCCCAUCAAGGACGCCAACCAGGCGGGCAAGGAGAUGCUGGAGACCGUGGGCGUGGUCGAGCACGGGCUGUUCCUGGACAUGUCCUUCGCGGUCAUCUCGGCAGGCACCGACGGCAUCACUGUCAAGACGAAAUAA